ACAGCUGCUUUUUAAACCUCACUCAUGAACUCCACAGCAAUGCAUAUCUGUCAUGUGCGCGUAAGGGCGAGUCCUGUGGUCAGGAACGAGUAGCCAGCUUUAAAGGACUAGGGUAUAAAUAGCAGCACCUUGCCUCACUUCUCCACACACUCGUACUGGACGGACUGGUCCAUCUUUGGUCGCAGCGCGGUUUUGGAGAAGACGAGGGACACUUGGCACAGCAUUACGCGCGUCCUUUCUUAGCGCGCACUGUCUGAGUCACAGAAAAGAGCUGCUGUUCAGUGAGAGUCGCUUGUGAACUCCGCGGAAAAGAUGCUCUCGCCUCGCUGGAUGUGGCUUCUGGUCGGGCAGCUGGUGAUCCUCCACGUGCACAGCUGCGUAAAAGGCAUGGCUCUGCAUGGCGCAGCGCACGCUCACUCAGGGCUCUGCCCCAACGACGUGAACCCCAAUCUGUGGGUGGACGCCAUGAGCACCUGCACCCGGGAGUGUCAGUCUGAUCAGGAAUGUGAAACAUUUGAAAAAUGCUGCUCGAACGUCUGUGGGAGCCAGAGCUGUGUGGCAGCCCGCUAUGUAGACACAACAGGGAAGAAGGGUCCAGUGGCCAAGGAGGCGACCUGCGACAAGUUUGUGUGCACUCAGCAAGGCUCUGAGUGCCACAUCUGGAAUGGGCAGCCAGUGUGCAAGUGCCGGGAUCGCUGUGAGAGGGAGCCCCACUUCACCUGUGCUUCUGACGGUAUGACCUACUACAACAAGUGCUACAUGGAUGCAGAAGCUUGCACCAAGGGUAUUUCCCUAUCUGUAGUGACCUGCAGGUCCCAUCCUACAAACACCAGCCCUCUGCCUCCAGGGACCACUGCCUUGCCGACAACCACCCUGCUGCACACCACUCCUCUGGAUGUGCAAGCCCCAGUCAUAGCAGGAAGCUUGAUGCAACAGUCUGUGUACGUGGGUGAGACGGCCAGCUUCCUCUGUGAGGUGAAUGGCUGGCCGAAGCCUGAGAUAACCUGGGAGAAGCAACUGGAGGGAAAGGAGAACGUCAUUAUGAAACCCAAUCAUGUUCUGGGCAAUGUGGUUGUCACCAAUAUUGGACAGCUGGUGAUCUACAGUGCCCAACUGGAAGAUGCAGGUGUCUACACUUGCACUGCCACGAACUCAGGCGGUUCAAUCCAAGCCCAUUUCCCCCUCUCUGUGCUGCAGAAAAAAGAGGUUGAGAAAGUGAAGACAAAGAACUCCACCCGUUUCCCUCCCGAAGAGUGCCUGAAGGUACCUGACAGUGGAGACUGUGGUGGGGAGAAGCAAAGCUGGUACUAUGACAGCAAAAGGAACAGUUGCUUCACGUUCACCUACGGCAACUGUGGUGGGAACCGAAACCACUUUGACACCUUUGAGUUGUGCAUGCUGUCCUGCCAAGGUGAGCUGGCGGCCCCCUGUAACCUUCCCAGCCUGCAGGGUCCCUGCAAGGCAUAUGAGCCACGCUGGGCCUACAGCACUGCCCAGGGCCAGUGCCAGCCCUUUGUCUACGGUGGCUGUGGAGGAAACGAGAACAACUUUGAGACCAGGGAAGCAUGCGAGGACUCGUGCCCGUUCCCCAGGAACCACCACUGCAAGCCCUGCAAGCCACGGCAUAAGAUGGUAGCCAGCUUCUGCAAGAGCGACUUCGUGAUCCUGGGUCGUGUGAUGGAGCUGACGGAGGAUGAUGACACAGGCCGGGCCCAGAUCACUGUGGAGGAGAUCCUGAAGGAUGAGAAGAUGGGGCUGAAGUUCUUCCAGAAGGAACCGCUAGAGGUGACGCUGCAAAACAUGGGCCGGAGCUGCCCGUGCCCCAACGUUACCGUCUCGGAUGGCCAAAUCAUCGUCAUGGGUGACGUGCACAAUGGCAUGGCUGUCCUGCAGCCGGACAGCUUUGUGAGCCCGUUCAGCGCCCGGCGGGUCCGUAGACUGCGUGAGGUCAUCAACAAGAACACGUGUGACAUUCUGAAAGAGUUCAUCCAAUAGGGCACCGCCCUCAGCUCAUAACUGACUGCUCUGCCUUUGAAAACUCCUUUUAAAAGAUGUCCAGUGUUGUGUAUCAAUGUAAGAAGUAUGUAAGGUAAAGGAAGAAGGGAGAACUGACACUUCCAGGUUCCCUUUCUCUUGUUCUUGGUUUUCUGUCUACCUGUACUUUUCCUGUUUCUACUUUUCUCUGCCUGUAUGUUUGCAAAAAGCUGUUGUUUGAAUGUUCUGUUUGU